AUGUCUCUGGACAGUGUGUGGGCUCCACAGGCAGCAGACAUAGGGGAUGGGCCUGCCACAAGAGCUGGUGACCAGGCCUCUAUGCAUUCACAAGUCCUCCACACUGCCUCUCUAAAGGAUGGCCCAGCAAAGAGAGCAGUGUGGGUCCGUCGGGACAGUGCCGAGGUGGAAGACCCUGCUAAGUCAACUGUGUCCAAAGACAGGCCGAGGCUAGAGGUGACCAAAGCAGUGGUUGUCGACCUUGGCACCGGCUUCUGUAAAUGUGGCUUUGCUGGCCUGCCAAAGCCCACUCAUAUGAUCUCAACAACAGUGGGCAAGCCCUACAUGGAGACAGCCAAGACUGGGGAUAAUCGAAAAGAGACCUUUGUGGGGCAUGAGCUCUUUAAUCCAGAGAUACAUCUCAAGCUGGUCAACCCCCUACACCAUGGCAUCAUUGUGGACUGGGACACAGUGCAGGACAUCUGGGAAUACCUCUUCCGACAUGAAAUGAAGAUCGCCCCAGAGGAGCACGCAGUCCUGGUUUCAGACCCACCCCUGAGCCCUCACACCAACAGAGAGAAGUAUGCUGAGAUGCUGUUUGAGACCUUCAACACACCUGCAAUGCACAUCGCCUACCAGUCCCGCCUGUCCAUGUACUCCUACGGACGCACCUCUGGCCUGGUGGUGGAGGUUGGCCAUGGCGUGUCCUAUGUGGUCCCCAUCUAUGAGGGCUAUCCUUUGCCCAGCAUCACAGGGAGGCUAGACUAUGCAGGGUCUGACCUGACAACCUACCUGAUGAGCUUGAUGAACAGCUCUGGAAAAUACUUCACUGAGGACCAGAUCAGCAUUGUGGAGGACAUUAAGACAAAAUGCUGCUUUGUGGCUCUAGACCCCAUUGAAGAGAAGAAAAUCCCUCCCAUUCAACAUGAGAUCCAUUAUACUCUGCCUGAUGGGAAAGAGAUCCGUCUGGGCCAAGAGAGGUUCCUCUGCUCAGAGAUGUUCUUCAAGCCGUCUCUGAUCAAGUCCAUGCAGCUGGGCCUCCACACCCAGACAGUGUCAUGCCUUAACAAGUGUGACAUUGCCCUCAAGCGAGACCUCAUGGGGAACAUCCUGCUCUGUGGGGGCAGCACUAUGCUUCGGGGCUUCCCUAACCGUCUGCAGAAGGAAUUGAGCAGCAUGUGUCCCAACGACACCCCCCAGGUAAAUGUGCUGCCUGAGAGAGACACUGCAGUGUGGACUGGUGGCUCUAUCCUAGCCUCACUCCAGGGUUUUCAACCACUGUGGGUCCACCGCUUUGAGUAUGAGGAGCAUGGGCCUUUCUUCCUGUACAGAAGGUGCUUCUGA